AUGGUGAAGGUUAAAGACUGCCUGCUGCUGCUGCUGCUGCUGCUGCUGGCCGAGCUGAGCUGUGCCCAGUACGAGCCCUGGCCGUACCUGCCUGGCUACCCCGAGCCACCCCCACAGGUGUUCCAGCCCCCCCAGAGAGACCCGAACGUCCCCAAAAUCCAGCUGAGGCUGGCAGGGCAGAAGAGGAAGCACAACGAGGGCAGGGUGGAGGUGUUCUACGGCGGGGAGUGGGGCACGGUGUGCGACGACGACUUCUCCAUCCACGCUGCCCACGUGGCCUGCAGGGAGCUGGGAUAUGUGGAGGCUGUGUCCUGGCUGCCCGGCUCCAAGUAUGGAAAAGGAGAAGGGAAGAUCUGGCUGGACAACGUGCACUGCACGGGCAGGGAGAGCAGCCUGGCCGCCUGCAGCUCCAAUGGUUGGGGCGUCAGCGACUGCAAGCACAGCGAGGACGUGGGCGUGGUGUGCAGCGAGAAGAGGAUCCCCGGCUUCAAGUUUGACAACUCCCUCGUUAAUCAGAUCGAGAACCUGCACAUCCAGGUGGAGGACAUCCGCAUCCGCGCCAUCCUGGCCACCUACCGCAAGCGCGUGCCGGUCACCGAGGGCUACGUGGAGGUGAAGGACGAGGGCAGCUGGAAGCAGAUCUGUGACAAGCACUGGACCAUGAAGAAUUCGCGGGUGGUGUGCGGGAUGUUCGGCUUCCCCAGCGAGAGGAAAUACAACACCAACGUCUACAAGAUGUUUGCCAGCAGGAGGAAGCAGCACUACUGGCCGUACUCCAUGGACUGCAGCGGCAGCGAGGCUCACAUUUCCAGCUGCCGCCUGGGCUCUCACUCGGGGGGCUCGGGCCACAACAGCAGCUGUGACAGUGGCAUGCCAGCCGUGGUCAGCUGCGUGCCCGGCAGAGCCUUCGCCCCCAGUAGCCACAGCGGCUUCCGAAAAGCCUUCAGGCAGGAGCAGCCCCUGGUGAGGCUGAAAGGAGGAGCCAACACGGGCGAGGGCCGGGUGGAGGUGCUCAGGAACGGCGAGUGGGGCACGGUGUGCGACGACAGCUGGAACCUGGUGUCUGCCAGCGUGGUGUGCCGAGAGCUGGGCUUUGGCAGCGCCAAGGAGGCCAUCACGGGGGCCAGGCUGGGCCAAGGAAUGGGUCCCAUCCACCUGAACGAGAUCGACUGCACGGGCUUUGAGAAGUCGGUCACGGAUUGCAAGUUCAACACCGAGUCCCAGGGCUGCAACCACGAGGAAGAUGCUGCUGUGAGGUGCAACGUGCCAGCCAUGGGCUUCCAGAACCAGCUUCGCCUGAGCGGGGGCCGCAACCCCUACGAGGGUCGUGUGGAGGUGCUGGCUGAGCACAACGGGACCCUGAGGUGGGGCACGGUCUGCAGCCACAACUGGGGCACCGUGGAGGCCAUGGUGGUGUGCAGGCAACUGGGGCUGGGCUUUGCCAGCCACGCCUUCCAGGAAACGUGGUACUGGCACGGGGACGUGAGCGCCGACGACGUGGUGAUGAGCGGGGUGAAGUGCUCGGGGACAGAGAUGUCCCUGUCCCACUGCCGGCACGACGGGGCCCGCGUGUCCUGCCCCAGGGGAGGGGGACGCUUCGGGGCCGGCGUGUCCUGCUCGGAGACCGCCCCUGACCUGGUGCUGAACGCGGAGCUGGUGGAGCAGACGGCGUACCUGGAGGACAGGCCCAUGUUCCUGCUGCAGUGUGCCCUGGAGGAGAACUGCCUGGCCAGCUCAGCCCACAACACCUCGCUGGCCUCGGGCUACCGGCGCCUGCUGCGCUUCUCCUCCCAGAUCCACAACAACGGCCAGUCCGACUUCAGACCCAAGAACGGGCGGCACGCCUGGGUGUGGCACGACUGUCACCGUUCAUCCCCUAAACGCAUCAUUUUUCAAGGAAUUAAGACAGUUUUGAAUGUGCAGAAGCAGUACGAGUGUGCCAAUUUUGGGGAGCAGGGGAUCACGGUUGGCUGCUGGGACGUUUAUCGGCACGACAUCGACUGCCAGUGGAUCGACAUCACCGACGUCCCCCCCGGGGAUUACCUCUUCCAGGUCGUGAUCAACCCCAACUACGAGGUGGCAGAGUCGGAUUAUUCCAACAACGUCAUGAAAUGCCGGAGCCGCUACGACGGGCAGCGCAUCUGGAUGUACAACUGCCACAUAGGCGGUUCCUUCAGCGACGAGACGGAGCAGAAGUUCGAUCAUUUCAGGGGACUCACAAAUAACAACGUGUCUGCCCGGUAAAAUUCCCACUAAUUUAAGGAAGGGCAGGAUUCCCGCUCCGGCCCUUCCCGAACCACUGCACCCCCAGGACAUGGAGCCUCAAGAGAACUGGGAAUUUCCAGGUGGAUUAUUCCCGAAAAGAAGCCUCUUCCCUUUCCCGGUUUUAGGUGCUCGGGCCACCCCUCGGUGCCUCCUGCAAUUCCAGCUCUCCUCGGCAUUCCAAAAGAUUUCUUCCCCUCGCUCAGGUUGGGUGCCAGC